CAUCGACCCUCGAAGAAGACCACGAUGAUCUCAAUGCCAAAGAAGAUGAUAUGACAUUUUGUAUGUCGAACUAUGCAAAAGAAGCUCUCAAAAUGAUGUUUAUGAUGCGUUCCCAUAACAUGCUAACCGAUGUCAUCUUGGAGGUUAAACAUGAACUAUUUCCAGCCCAUAAAGUUGUACUGUCGGCAGCAUCACCAUAUUUUAAGGCCAUGUUUACCGGUGGUCUUAAAGAAACCGAAAUGUCACGUGUUCAAUUACAAGGGGUGUGCCCAACAGCUAUGGGUCGUAUUAUAUAUUUCAUGUAUACGGGACACAUACGGGUGACCGAGGUGACGGUUUGUCAAUUAUUACCUGCCGCAACCAUGUUCCAAGUGCCAAAUGUGAUAGAUGCCUGCUGUGCCUUUUUGGAGCGUCAGUUGGAUCCAACGAAUGCCAUAGGGAUUGCAAAUUUUGCCGAACAACAUGGUUGUACGGAGCUGCAAAAGAAGGCCAAUCAUUUUAUAGAACGCCAUUUUACUCAGGUUUGCCAAGAAGAAGAAUUCCUACAAUUAUCUGCCUAUCAGCUAAUUGCCCUUAUUCGCCGUGAUGAACUCAACGUUCAAGGUGAACGUGAGGUAUACAAUGCCGUACUGAAAUGGGUAAAAUACGACGAGGAGAAUCGUUAUCCGAAAAUGGAACAUAUUCUCUUUUCAGUACGUUGUCAAUUUUUGACACCAACAUUCCUACGCGAACAAAUGAAAAACUGUGAUGUAUUACGUAAAGUGCCAGCAUGUCGUGAAUAUUUGGCAAAAAUUUUCAAAGACUUGACAUUGCACAAAAGGCCCGUGGUAAAGGAACGUAAACCGAAUACAACACGUAUGAUAUUUGUGGCUGGCGGUUUCUUCCGUCAGUCAUUGGAUAUACUCGAAGCCUAUAAUGUAGAUGAUAAAACAUGGACAACAUUACCAAAUUUGCGUAUACCACGUUCAGGGUUGGGUGCAGCAUUUCUCAAAGGUAUUUUCUAUGCUGUUGGCGGGCGUAAUAAUUCGAUUGGUUCAUCGUAUGAUUCUGAUUGGGUUGAUCGUUACAAUGCCCUAACGGAACAAUGGAGACCCUGUGCCCCCAUGUCAGUGCCAAGACAUCGUGUUGGUGUCGCCGUCAUGGAUGAACUUAUGUAUGCUGUUGGUGGUUCAGCUGGUUCCGAAUAUCAUAAUACCGUUGAAUACUAUGAUCCCGAACAAGAUCGUUGGUUUUUGGUACAGCCUAUGCAUGCCAAACGUUUGGGUGUUGGUGUGGUGGUAGUCAAUCGCCUGCUCUAUGCCAUCGGUGGCUUUAAUGGUACCGAACGUUUGGCCACCGUUGAAUGUUAUCAUCCUGAAAAUAACGAAUGGAGUUUUGUUAAACCCAUGACAUAUGGUCGCAGCGGUGCUGGUGUUGCGGCCAUCAAUCAAUAUAUUUACGUUGUGGGAGGAUUUGAUGGUACACGUCAGCUCUCCUCAGUGGAACGUUAUGAUACAGAAAAUCAGGUAUGGGAACAAGUGGCAUCAAUAAAAAUAGCACGUAGUGCUCUAUCGCUGACGUCAUUGGAUGGUAAACUUUAUGCCAUAGGUGGAUUUGAUGGUGCGAAUUUCCUUUCCAUUGUGGAGGUAUAUGAUCCGAAAACAAAUACCUGGGAACAGGGUACACCGCUAAGUUCUGGCAGAUCGGGACAUGCAUCGGCGGUUAUUUAUCAACCUUCAUGUGUUACGAAUUUUAUGGAUUGUAUGGAUAAUGAUGGUCCCUCGAAAUAUGAUUAUGGUGGUAAUAGUCCUGAUGAUCCACGUUCGAAUCGAAAUAUGGGUGAUCAGGGUGGUGGUGGUGGAAGGCAGCAUGGUGGUGAUAUGGGACCGUCAGGUGGCUCGUCAACGGGAGGUUUUCAUACUUCGUUCGGUAGUAGUGGGUGUAAAAAUUGUGAAAGUGAUAUCAAGGUGGCAGGCACUGAAAACGAGGAUGAUGAAGAGAUACCAUGUACACGAGAUACACAAAAUCGUAUGGGAAUGUCGAUAAUAAAAACUAAAGCAAAUGCAGAAAUUAUGCAACCUAUAUCGUCAACAUCGGAUACCUCUGUAAGGGAUUUUAAUAUGCAAUAUGGCGGAAAAAAAGGAUGUAGGGAUUGUGAAAAAGAAAACACAACAUCCAUGGUGAAUAAAAUGAAACCAUCUAGGGCAACCGAUUCAGCUACAAGUAGAAUUAUGCAAGUUAUGUCACAUAAAAGAAUACCACACAAAAAAUCUCGCAGACGUUGGUGUAAACUGGCCUUGGGAAAAAGAAAAUAUCAGCCAGUAAUCCAAAAUAGUGAAAUAAGUGGUAAAACACAAUUGCCACGUUCGCUAAAUCUACCGCCAUUAGCCACAAUUCCGUCCAUUGGCGGUGAAACAAAUGAAUAUCAUCUCCAGGCUGCUGAUGCUGCUGCACAUAGGUCUAAUGAAGCCAUAGCUGCUGCGAAAAAUUCCAAUAGCAAUGUACCUACACCCAAACGAAAAUGUAUCCUUGGUCAGUGUCGAGCACAGUGUGUUGCCCAGGCGAUAAAAAAAUACACAAACGGACGAGCGAUGUUUCAUGAUUUUGUCCAAUGUCUGUUGGAGAGAAAAGUGACCGUUAUUUGA